AUUUUGGUCUGGGGGCUUAAUUUUGAUUUAUUUCUGCAAAACCUAAAGCUACACAUCUGUGCGAAAGAGUAGUCAAGGCGAUCAGAUGGCCCGGAGACUGAUCGGUGACUUGUCGAGGAGGCUAUCGUGCCCUAAGCAGCUACAGCAGCACCGCAAUUUCGGAUCGCCGCCGCCGCCGCCCGCCGUCUUCGUCGAUAAGAACACGCGCGUCAUUUGCCAAGGCAUCACUGGAAAGAAUGGAACCUUUCACACGGAGCAGGCCAUUGAGUACGGUACCAAAAUGGUUGGAGGAGUGACCCCUGGAAAAGGUGGAACCGAGCACUUGGGACUCCCUGUUUUCAACUCCGUUUCAGAAGCAAAAGCUGAAACAAAGGCUAAUGCAUCGGUGAUUUAUGUCCCACCCCCUUUUGCCGCUAAAGCCAUCAUGGAGUCAGUGGAGGCUGAACUAGAUUUGGUUGUUUGCAUCACGGAGGGAAUACCACAACAUGACAUGGUUCGCGUGAAGGCAGCUCUUAAUAAGCAGUCAAAAACUCGGCUAAUUGGUCCAAAUUGUCCUGGCAUUAUCAAGCCAGGGGAGUGUAAAAUUGGAAUCAUGCCUGGAUACAUUCACAAACCGGGACGGAUUGGAAUUGUUUCUCGGUCGGGCACAUUGACUUACGAAGCGGUAUUCCAAACAACUGCUGUUGGCCUUGGCCAGUCAACAUGCGUGGGAAUUGGUGGAGAUCCUUUUAAUGGAACAAAUUUCGUUGAUUGCAUAGAAAAGUUUCUUGUGGAUCCUCAGACAGAAGGUAUCAUCCUAAUUGGUGAGAUUGGUGGUACAGCAGAGGAGGAUGCUGCAGCCCUUAUAAAGGAAAGUGGAACUGACAAGCCUAUUGUCGCUUUUAUUGCUGGACUCACGGCUCCACCAGGUCGAAGAAUGGGUCAUGCAGGAGCUAUUGUAUCUGGAGGGAAGGGCACUGCACAAGACAAAAUUAAGACCUUGAGAGAGGCUGGAGUUACUGUGGUCGAGUCCCCUGCAAAGAUAGGAACUGCAAUGCUUGAAGUCUUCAAACAGAGGGGUCUUGUUUGAGACUGAUAUUACUCGAAUGAUUUUUUUCCGAACAUCUUCAUAUUAUCACCUUUGUUUGCCAUUUUCCGGUGGAUGAGAAUUACUGGUGGUUAUGUUUUUCCGCUCGAGCCCUGUGAUUGGUCGUAAUAACUGCACAUUAUAUUUUUCGAGCAGUUUGUUGCAAAUCCAAGCUGCCUGAAGAAUAACAUUUCAUGGAUUCUGUUUCAAAUACCCGAGAGGUGAAUAUCGUUUUGCAUAAGAUGUUUUGCACUGUUCUUAGUGUGAAAUGAUUUGAAUUUCAUCUUCUUCUAGAUAUCUUAUUCUGACCGAUUUCUGUGUUUUUGAAGUGAAUUUUGGAGGAUUUUCAUUUAAUUGUUUUAGAUACCGUAUCAACUAUCAAGUGGUGAAUACAAACUGUGCUGGAUAGCAACAGAACGCAGGUUUGUGUCUUAAUGAGCAUUUUUGGAAGGGUGAGAUGCAACGUGGUUAUAAAACAUCAUGCAUCUUGAAUACUUUCUUUAAACGAAAGUUGGGAUUUGGGAUUAACGAAAAAAAAAAUUAUUAUUAACAAGAGUUUUUUCCCUUCCCUAGUCGGUGUCUAAAUAAUAGUGGGGACUUGAUUUCAAUAAUAUUUUGAUUAUGCUGUACGCAUAAACUUUUUGGUUCUUGGGGAUCAACACACACAAUUGACAUCUGC